UGGACCUGUCCCGGCGGCCAUUUUGCUGUGAGACAGCAGGAGCGCGGUGUGAUGCUCUCCACGGCUGCUUUCGGGAACCCCGAGCGGGAGCUGGGCAUGGGGCCUCACGGCUCCGCCGUCCCUGUGCAGAUGCGUUUCUCGCCGUAUGCCUUCAACGGAGGUACUGUAUUGGCAAUUGCUGGAGAAGAUUUUUCCAUUGUUGCUUCAGAUACCCGGUUGAGUGAAGGGUUUUCAAUUCAUACCCGAGACAGCCCCAAAUGUUACAAACUGACAGACAAAACAGUCAUUGGCUGCAGUGGUUUUCAUGGAGAUUGUCUCACUCUGACAAAGAUUAUUGAAGCAAGAUUAAAGAUGUACAAGCAUUCCAAUAACAAGGCCAUGACAACCGGGGCGAUUGCUGCAAUGCUCUCUACCAUCCUGUACUCACGGCGUUUCUUCCCUUACUAUGUUUACAAUAUCAUCGGUGGACUUGAUGAAGAAGGAAAGGGAGCUGUGUAUAGCUUUGAUCCAGUGGGCUCCUACCAGAGAGACUCCUUCAAGGCUGGAGGCUCGGCAAGUGCCAUGCUACAGCCUCUGCUUGACAACCAGGUUGGUUUCAAAAAUAUGCAGAAUGUGGAGCAUGUUCCCCUGUCUUUGGACAGAGCCAUGAGGCUGGUGAAAGAUGUCUUUAUUUCUGCAGCUGAGAGGGACGUGUACACUGGCGAUGCCCUCAGGAUCUGCAUCGUGACCAAAGAGGGUAUCAGGGAGGAGACUGUUCCCCUGCGGAAAGACUGAUUGUGGGCCAUACAUUAGAGCUGUGGCACAAGUUUGUUUUUUAUUAAAAAGAAAUAUAAAGUACUCAUUUUCGUACAGUGCUUCUUCUCUAAGCAUAAAAAAUUGGGAAGAAUUUCUUCCUUUGUGACUGAAGAGAUGGUUCAUCUGUUAAGAAAGUAUGGCUCUUCCAAACACCCACGUGUAACUCUAGUUCCAGGGGAUGCAGUGCCCUCUGUCCUUAACAGGCACAUGCACAUAAAUAUAUGUAAUGAAAGAUAAAAUCUUUAAUAAAAGAAUUUUUCUUCAU